CAGGGGCAUCGUGUUCAGCAUGACGACGCUGCCAGAGGUGAGAUUAACUGCUUGCAGUGUCAUCCAUCAGUGCCCAGCAGUGUCGCCUGUCAGUGCCCAGCAGUGUCACCCAUCAGUGCUGCCCAUCAGUGCCACCCAUCAAUGAUGCCCAGCAGUGCCAUCCAUCAGUGCCCAGCAGUGUCGCCUGUCAGUGCUGCCCAGCAGUGCCACCUGCCAGUGCUGCCCAGCAGUGCCACCCAUCAAUGAUGCCCAGCAGUGCCAUCCAUCAGUGCCCAGCAGUGU